AUGACCAAAUCCUACCGUAUUGCAUCCAUUCCUGGGGACGGGAUUGGCCCCGAAGUAGUCAGCGCCACCAUCCAAGUAGUGGAAAAGCUGGCAAAGACCCUCGGAACUUUCGAUAUCGAUUUUACACACAUUCCCUGGGGCACCAAUUACUAUAAGCAACAUGGCAAAUAUGUCUCGGAAGACGCACUAGAUCACCUCCGUCAAUUUGAUGCCGGACUUUUCGGUGCUGUCGGGGACCCAGACGUCCCUGAUCACAUCUCAUUAUGGGGUCUUCUCCUGGCCAUCCGAGGCCCGCUUCAACUAUAUGCCAAUGUCCGCCCGGUCCGCACAUUCCCCGGCACAAAGUGCCCCCUCAAUACAGCCCCCGAGGGCAUCGACUGGGUCUUAGUCCGCGAAAACUCCGAAGGCGAAUACUCGGGUCAAGGGGGCCGGUCACACAUCGGACAACAGUGGGAAGCUGCGACGGAAGUCGCCAUGUUCACUCGUGUCGGGAUUGAGCGGAUUAUGCGCUUUGCUUUUGAGACCGCGCAGGCCCGACCACGAAAGCACCUGACUGUCGUGACGAAGAGCAAUUCCAUGCGCAAUGGAAUGGUCCUUUGGGACGAGAUCGCUGCGCUAGUGGCUAAGGAUUUCCCGGAUGUGACGUGGGAUAAAAUGCUGGUUGAUGCUAUGACGGUCCGCAUGGUGUGGAAGCCGCAGUCUCUUGAUACUAUUGUUGGGGCUAACUUGCACAUGGAUAUUCUGUCGGAUCUUGCGGCGGGUUUAGCUGGCUCUAUUGGUGUGGCUCCUUCUAGUAACUUGGAUCCGACUCGCAAGAAUCCAUCUCUCUUCGAACCUGUGCAUGGCAGUGCAUUUGAUAUUACCGGAAAGGGCGUCGCUAACCCAGUUGCUACUUUCUGGUCUGCCGCAGAGAUGCUUACCUGGGUCGGAGAGAAGGAUGCUUCGGAUAAACUGAUGCGGGCUGUGGAGAAUGUCUGUGCAGCGGGGGUCUUGACGCCGGACUUGGGGGGUUCAGCGAAUACGCAAGAGGUUGUUGAUGCUGUCUGUGCUGAGAUUGAAAGACUCUACAAGUGA